GAAUGGGUCAAACGAGCAGCUCGCCUCCGUCCAAUCACCCUCCCCUUCUCUCCAUCUCCCUCUAAAUCCUAAUUUAAGCCUCUCCCUUUUCUCUCUCCCCGCCGAAUGAGAAAGCUCGCUGCAGCAGUUCUUCCCUCUUUAGCCAAAUUCUCCCGUUAGUUUUGUUCCUGCAGGGCUGCACAUUGCAAGGUGAGGGAAUUCCUUUUGACCUGCUUUGGCUGUGUUUCUUGGGGUCUCCUGCUGUGGAUGUGGUGAGGUUGAUAUGUCUUCUGCCGUUGGAGAUCUUCCCGGUUCGAGGGACAUGGGUUUGGAGCAGAAGCGUGGGAAGGCUGAGCAAAAUGGGAUUUUGACGGUAAGGGAGGGCGAAAGGGAAAUUAAGUCAGAGCAUGGGCGUCCCGGUGGGGAGGGGGGGGAGGGCCUCGACAGGCGGAUGAGCGAGAUCUCUCUCCACGCCACCGAGGAGGAGGAGGAGGACGACGACGAGGAGGAGGAUGGAAAAGGCGCCAAAGGGCUUGAUCUGGGGCCUCAGGUCAGCAUCAAAGACCAGUUGGAGAAAGACAAGGAUGAUGAGAGCCUCAGGAAGUGGAAGGAACAGCUUCUGGGAAGCGUGGAUUUGAAUUCUGUGGGCGGUAAGUCUGAGCUUUCUCUCGCCAACUUUUUGUUCGUCAUCAUCGUUCGACAUACUCGCUAA